GUAAAACACUAAAAAUUUGUUAAAGAUUUGAUGAGCUUAAUUAACAAAACUAGUAAGUUAAGUAACAAACGAGUCAGCGACACGAAGUAACAAGUAAAAAUGACAAAACUAUUCGCCUUAUGUCUUGUCUUGACUGUGUUAUUUACGUUGGGUCACUGCGCGGUUUCGGAGGGUGACAUCAUCGUGAAAGAUGGCCACCGCGUUGUUGUGGUGGAGUACGACGGAGACGGCGAAACCAACACUAGAGUCUUGAUUUCACCUCCGGUAAAAGAAGAAGAGAAGAUAAGAGACGAAGGAGAAGUGUUUGGAAAUGGGAAGAGAGAAACGGCGUCGUCUCUUCCAGAAGAGGAGGAGCGUGAACACCACGCGUCGCCAGGGGAACUUAUAUGCGAUGCGAUCGGUAAGUGUAAGCACAAGAUGGCGACUGUGUUAGGGAGAGUCAAGGAUCGAACGGCUAAUGAUCUUUCCGACGAAACGACUAAAGAGAAGAUAGCACGUGAGGCACGUGACGUGGAAGAGAAGGUCUCAGGGACAGCACAUGAAGCUAAGGAAACGGUGAAGGAAAGGGUCACAAAGAAAGUUCAAAGGGCCCAAAACGUUUUGGAGAAUUCGAAGAUCGCGGUGCGGGGGAUAGGGACGGCGGUUGCGACGGCUCUGGGGCUGACGAAGAUCGGGAGCGUGGUGGGAAUUGUUGCGAUCGCGGCGGCGUAUGGGAUGUGCGUGUGGGUGACGUUCGUGUCGGGCUACGUGUUGGCUUCGGUACUUGGGGAGAAGCAAUUCGGUGUGGUGCAGAGCAAGAUGUAUCCGGUGUACUUCAAGGCAGUCACUGUAGGGAUUUUGGUUGGGUUGUUAGGACACGUCAUCAGCCGGCGCCGGAAGGUUUUUACCGAUGCGGUGGAUAUGUGGCAAGCCGUUAACCUCUUGGCCUCGAUCUUGAUGGUCGAAGCUAAUGCGUCAUUUGUUGACCCACGAGCCACCAAGGCAAUGUUUGAGCUGAUAAAAGCUGGAAAGGAAGAAGGAAGAGGACUUGAUACGUCAGAGCCACAGUCUAGUGAAACAGCAGCUCGAGCCAGAGGUAAGAAGAAGGUUACAGAGAAGAUGGAUCAGGAUGCGGUGAAGCAGAGACUGACAAAUCUGAGCGAGAGGAUGUAUAGGCUAGACUCCGACUCCGAGCUACCUGAGUUGUGUGAAGCCGUGAGGUUUCUUCUUUCAUAUGAAGUACAGCCGCAAGGACUGUAUUUGUAACAGCUAGUGAUGACUUUGAUUGUCUGAUUGACAUCGUAAGAUGCCGAGAACAUAGUAUUGUGAUGCUUAUUUCACACAAAUUUCAAGAUCUGUCUCCAUGUUUUGAAUAUCCCUUGGGAGAGUGAAAGGAGAGAGUACAUUGAAGAAAUCUUAAUAAGUCUA